GGUUUGUAAAACAGUCUAGUUGAAGAUUAAUCUAAAAUUAUAUUCUUUGAAGAUUGAUAAAUAAAAUCUCAUCAAUUUAGUAAGCUUUACCUUAAAAAGACAAAAGAAAAUAGAAGUACGAAAUAGGUUUUGACUGUAGAAAAUUUAUUUAUAAGAUGAAAAAGGAUUCAAUCCUCAUCCUCAAGCAAGGAGAAUUAGGAGGAACCAAGGAAAGAUAAACAAGAUACCAAUCAAUUGUCCGGAGACUCCAUUAAUACACAGCACAACAAAAUUAAAUAUUAAUUAAAAAGGUGCAAAAUACUAUCUAAACGUUAUUAUAACGUAGACAUAGAUGGAUCCGGUUGCUGAGGAGCAAAUAGAUUAUGGUGAUGAGGAAUAUGGAGGUGCUCAAAAGCUGCAAUAUCAGGGUAGUGGAGCAAUUCCGGCACUAGCAGACGAAGAGAUGAUUGGAGAAGAUGAAGAUUAUGAAGAUCUUUAUGAUGGUGUUAAUGUCGGGGAGGGUUUCAUGCAGUUUCAUCAGGCACAAGGGGGUCCUAAUAGUAUAGGUAAUGGUGUUAUGCAAGUCCAAAUCUAUAAUACCCCUCAACCUAGACAAGAUGCUGGUGUGUCCCGUAACCUUGGCAUUUCUGGAGUUGUUUCCGAUGGAAGGCAGCAGAAAGCAAGUCUUGCUGUUAAAGAACCAGAAUCAGGUUCUGCUAAUCGCAUCAGUGGGGCUUUGGGUCCAGAAAACCAAAUUCAUGAUGGUACUUCUGGGAAUAUGAGCUUUCAAGGCUCUGCCCCUAUAUCUCAGACCGCUGCAACUAAUGUUUCUGAUGUUAAUAAAGCUAACAAUCCUGCUAUUGGAGGUCCGAAUGUCACUCAGGGCAUUGUAAAUAAUCACAUGGCGGCAAAUGUGAACAUGUCUGUGGACCAUAUGAUGGCCAAUGACAAUAUCAUCCGGCCACAAAUGGACAAUGGUCCGACCAUGUUGUUUGUGGGUGAGUUACAUUGGUGGACCACUGAUGCAGAACUAGAAAGUGUGCUGUCACAAUACGGAAAAGUUAAGGAAAUUAAGUUCUUUGAUGAGAGAGCAAGUGGAAAAUCAAAAGGUUAUUGCCAAGUUGAGUUUUUUGAUGCUGCUGCUGCUGCAGCAUGCAAAGAGAGCAUGAACGGACACAUUUUCAAUGGACGAGCCUGUGUUGUGGUCUUUGCUUCUUCCCAAACUCUGAAACAGAUGGGAGCUUCCUAUGCAAGCAAGAACCCACAACAGCCUCAGUCUCAGCCUCAGGGAAGAAGAAAUGCAACUGAUGGAGCUGGAAGAGGCGGUGGUGGGGCGAACUUUUCUUCUGGAGAAGGGGGAAGAGGUUUUGGAAGAGGUGGAUGGGGACGAGGGCAGGGUGUAGCUGCUAGGGGUCCAGGUGGUUCAGGGCCGAGAGGAAGAGGACCAAUGGGCCCUAAAAAUGCCCCUGGGAAUGCUACUGGAAUGGGAGGUGCUGCUAUGGGUAAUUUUGGACAAGGUAUGGGAGCUCCAGGUUUCGGUGGACCAGGCGGAGGAAUGAUGCAUCCUCAAGCCAUGAUGGGUCCUGGGUUUGAUCCAAGCUAUAUGGGUCGGGGAGCUGGUUAUGGUGGCUUCUCUGGCCCUGCAUUUCCUGGGAUGAAUAUGAUGCCUCCAUUUCCUGCUGUUAAUCCUAUGGGACUUGGUGUGGCUCCACAUGUUAACCCUGCCUUCUUUGGCCGUGGAAUGGCACCAAAUGGAAUGGGUAUGAUGGGUGGCACUGGAAUGGAAGGACAUCCUGGUGGGAUGUGGCCUGACCCUAGCAUGGGUGGAUGGGCUGGGGAAGAACAUGGUCAAAAGACAAGAGAGUCAAGUUAUGGUGGUGAUGAUGGUGGUUCUGAUUAUGGAUAUGGAGAGGGAAAUGCUGAAAAGGGUUCUAGGACAAAUGCUGCUCCCCGGGAAAAGGAAAGAGUUACUGAGAGAGACUGGUCUGGAAAUUCUGACAGGAGACACCGUGAGGAGCAAGAUUAUGAUAGAUCUGACAGGGAUCGCAGAUAUAGAGAAGAGAAGGAUGGAUAUAGAGAUCAUCGACAAAAGGAACGUGAUUCAGGUUAUGAGGAAGAUUGGGACAGAGGACAGUCUUCUUCAAGAUCUAGGAGUAGGUCCCGGGCUAUGCCAGAAGGUGAUCACAGGUCUCGGUCAAGGGACGUUGAAUAUGGGAAGAGGAGACGUGCUCCAUCAGAGUAACAAGUCCUGAUUUCACGCCUAUCUUCUGUUAAUUAUGGCGAACGCUGUUCUUCAUGUUUGCAAUAGCUUGAUCUUCCUCCUACUGCAGUUUCCUGAUUGUGGCCAAACUUGCUUGGCUUCUGAUGGUUGCAGCGCUUCUGACUUUUCGUUACCAAAAGUAAGUAUCAAAUUAAGGCACAGAUUGAGGGAAAAUAUAUUCUUCCUUCUGAUCUUGCUCACUAAAGGACAUCACUAGAUGCCAUAUGCUCGUAUCUAAUGCCUUUUGAUUUGAACAGGUAGCUUGUUUAGUGUGACUGUGUGGAACUUAUUUGCUGGUUGGUCUUGUAUGUCGCCAGCUAGAUUAUUAUGAUGUUGCCUCUUUCCCUCUGCUCAAAACAUUAAGCCUUUUAUUGUGACUGGAUAAUCCUUCAUGACUACCCGAGAGUCAUCAUAUGAUCAUUUGUGAAUGAUUGGACUACCUUGUGAUCAUGCGUCGGACCUAUAUGCAUUUCCUUUUCUUCUUCCAAUCCCGCGACCUUAUGUUUGUGUCCAUACUGUUUUAUGGAUAUGAUGCUUAUUCUUGUUAGAUUUGCUUGUUACAUUUGUCGAUGCUUACUUUAGGACACACUGGAUGUGAGUGGUCUAAAUUAGAGUAUAAUGUGUUUCUUCGACUUGUUUUGACUUAAAAAUUUUGGUCAUAUUGAUUCAGGGAGCAGUCUUUGCUUCGUGAUUGAAUCAGCCUAUGUUGAUUAUCCAGAGAAAGAUGUUUUAUGGCUGCCUACAGUAUUUUCCUCUAUAUGGCCAUGUUUUCCGAGGAGCUUUUCUGAUAGUGCUUGAAGAAAGUGUCUUAAAGAGAUAUUACCUGAAUUUUCACUAACUAAAAUGGCUACGUUUGAUUAGUUGUCUCUUAUAACAUUCCUUUCAAGUGUAAUCUUUUUCGCUUGUAAAUUUCAUGUACUCAGUGUAUGGCUGUCGUAAUUACCCGUCAUUUUGUAUCUCUAGCAUCAACUUAAAGAGUCAUGGCCGUUGUAGAUUGUUAAUGUUUCCUGUAAGUCUCAACUCUGUAAACAAGGGUGGCCUUUUUAUGUGAACAACCCUUCUGAUGUAUUUUGUUGUAUUACUUCUUGUAAAACGGGUAACUUUGGCACAUAUGGAGAAGAUAGCAGCUCGCUCCCGAGACACUGUAGUUUGCAUGGGCCUAAUUUUUGGUCAUUUUACCCAUGCAUAGAAGCCUGGUUCUCGGUUUCUGAUCCAACCUACCUUUUCUCGCGCUCAGAGCCAUUCUUAUGUAUAUAAUUAGUUUCUAGUAUUCGUUCAUAAGAAUAAAACUUAGCUUGUAAAUUUCUGUUAGUCUGGUGAGAAUUGUUUUAACCCCGUCUUAUCAGCUUUGAAGCACACAAGAAAAACUAGGAUUCCCUUGUACAGAGUUCGUCAUUCUUGAUAUUAAAAAACUGUAAAUUCAUGUAGAAUUUUGUAUUGAUUUUAUAGGAAGUGACUAGUCUUAUAGAAAGUGAAAAUUCUGAAUC